GUCAUGGAAUCCAAUUAUAUUCCUACCACCGCAAUCACCACUACCAACACAUCACCACCACCACUACCAGCAUCUACCUUGGAUACUUCGCUUACUGAACAUUUAGAUAACAAUGACGCGAACAGGACAAUGAGGCAAGGAUUAUUAUUACCGCCUACAUCUAGUCGACGAGCCACCAUGGUAUUUCGUACUGUAGAUCAUAGUCAGCCACCUAUUGCUGAUCCUGCCAAUCCAGCUGAACUUAAUGCUCAAAGGCAACUAGAAUAUGAACGUGUUCAACAACUCAACCAUAUGAUGGAAACUGUCAUUCAGGAUUUUGAAAACGCAGCUGAUAAUAUCAAAAAUUUUGGAGAAACCCUAGAUGAAACUGACCAACUAUUGGAUUUAUGGACGCAGAUAUUAUCACAAACACAACAUACAAAACGAUUAUUGGAUGAUGCAUCAUGGCAAAUCUCUGGAUCCACUACCAACAUGAGCAAUACCACCCAAUAGCAACAAUCAUCAUCAUGACUAUCCUCUCUCUCUUUCUUUUUUUCGAUAGUAAGAACAAUCAAUAUUCCUGUCAUCAACCUAGUGCAAUGGACUCAUGUCGGCAUAUGGCCAAGGUCUUUCCUGUUCUCUCUGUCCCUCUCUCUCUCUCUCUCUUUUUUUGUGUCUCCAUUACCUCUUAGAGAUCUGUAUAUCCUACUUUAUUUAUAUUCCUUAGUAUAGUUCUUGUCUAAUUACCAACUUCUGUCAGUAUAUUGAUCCUUCC